CGGAACAGAGCUAAACCCGUUGUGGCGUCUCUCUCACCUUCCCCUCAAGCCACGGCGAUCACCGGGAUUCCAUCGCCGAACAAACAUGCCCUGGACACUUGAACAGUGCAUCCCGAGUCCGCGGACGAAUCCCCAAGGCGGCCACCAACCACCCUAUACACAUGGCAAGGCCAAUGCAGACACGCGUACGUUUCACAUCACAAGCUUUUAGCCUAUGUAAUGUGUGCAAGUUUUAGCCUGAUUUCCUCUGCUACCUUUCGGCAACCUCCACCAUUAAGGCCAUCGAGCAUGCACCUUGAUCACGGGAACGAGCUAGCGAGAGGCAAAAGAACAGUACGUGAGAUGAACACACAACCAUACACGAAGGUUACUGUCCAACCGCCGCUACUGCCACUUUUCGCGGGAAAAGCACCUCUACCUACAGUCUUCGCGUGUACUCUUAUACGUCGUCCCCUCCACACGUUGAACGCCCGAGACGAUGCAUGCUGCCGACACAGUCAGUCGGCGCAAUGCCCAUGGAAAUCGUCACCAGGCGGGACAAGGAGGGGCUGCGGUGCAAUGGCGCCGACGGCGAGAAGCUCCCGCAGCUGCUCGACUCGCCGCUCCCCACGCCGCGCCGGUCGUGCGCUUCGGCGGACGCGGCCAGCGUGCGGUGCCGCCGCGAAGCCUCCCCGCUGCGCACGCAGGUGCCGUUUUCCUGGGAGAGCUCCCCUGGGGUGCCCAAGAGGAGCAGCGCGUGCAUGCACAUGGCGCAGGAGAUCAUGCCGCCGCCGAAGCCGCCGCCUGGGCGCUGGAAGCAGUGCCCCGGCAGCAACUGGUGCGGCUACGGCAACUCGACCGCCGCGAGCAGCGACGACGACGAUGCGUCGUUCUCCGACGCCCUGGACAGGGUCUCCACGCCCGAUCAGCGGGUCGGCUCGUUCGACCGGAUCACGUCCAAGCGCUUCGAGGACAUCUUCCUCGGCCGCGCCACGAGCUUCGUCAAUGACCGGUCCUCCCGCCGUGCACCAGCGGAAGCCUCCCUCGCCACGCCGUCCUCGUCCUCGGGCAGAGGCCCGAAACACUGGCGGCGACGCACCACGCGCCGCGAUCACGACGGGCAGCAGCCGACGGCCAGGCAAAGCAACGACCACCCCGUCCAGGUGCAGCUUUUGCCGCGCAUCAACAUCAACGGCCGCGACGAGCAGAUGUCACCGAGAGCCUGCGGGCUCAUGGUGUUCUUCCCCUGGAGCGCCAAGCCCGCCGUUUGCGGGUUCAGGAGCCCGCCGGCGCAGUACGCGCCGUCCCCUCUCGCCGGCGCCAGCAACCCUUCGUCCUCACAGAGCCGCAGGUUCGUCACCCUACGCGACGCAAUGCAGGAGGAGAACAAGACCGGCAGCGGCGGCCGAGACUUGCCGCGGCCGCGUGGCGAGAAGAGGAGCCGCGAGGAAUGGCAGGCCGCAAGCCGUGGAUGGGGCGUGUCGUCGCUGCUCGACGCGAGCAAGAAGUACUGCACCGACGCACGGAAGGCUCUGAGCAAGCUGUCCAUCGGGUUAGGAACGGACAGCGGCAGUGGCAGUGGCAGCCCGAGAGUUGGCAGCAGGGAGAGGAAGUGCGGCAAGCAGGACCCCUCGUCGACGAUGCCGGCCAUGGCCACCAAGCUGACGCAGCUCAGGACUAGCAGAAACUAAGGUCAGAUCAUUCAGAUUGAUCGGUAGUUGCAAGAACAACUGCGCGUGGAGCAUGUAUAUCUAUGCAUUUAUGUAGGACUGCUCUCAUCUCCUGACAGCUAGAAUAAAUCAGAUGUGCCUAUAAACAUGUUAAUCAUGGUGUUAUGCCUAUAAAGUAAUUAUGGUAUUUAUCUUUGCAACUAUUGAUAUGAUCUUUUUAGGAUUGUAAUGGAUGUUUUGUGUUACUGUGGCGAUCUAGUGAGGGAAUUGUGUUUCUAUGUAUAACUUGGUUCUUCUUCUUCUUCUUACAUAGCCAAUGUAAAGUGGCAUUGUGGUGAGACA